CGCCGCGCUCCCCAGUGACGGAAUCACCGAUCGUCACAGGCUGAGUAAAUGCAGCACACGCUGCUGCGCUCAGCACCCAGUCUGCCGGCACAGGCUCCUAUGUAUACCGACUGAUCACUGUUGCAGCUGACACAUACAGUGCGAGUAUUGUAAAGAAACUGGAAGAAUGUCUCAAUGGCAUCAACUCCAUCAACUGGAUGCACAACUCCUGGAAAAAGUGGACCAAUUGUAUGAUGAUACAUUUCCCAUGGAGGUCCGUCAAUUCCUGGCCGUUUGGCUAGAAAACCAGGAUUGGGAACUUGCCUCGAAUAAUGAUUCACUGGCCACCCUUCUCUUCCAUAACUUAUUAAAACAAAUAGAUGAUCAGUACAGCCGUUUCUUCCUAGAGAAGAAUUUCCUCCUUCAACACAACCUGAAAAGAAUUAAACAAAACCUGCAGGUGCAAUAUCUUGGAAAUCCUUUACAUAUGGCAUCAGUUAUAGCAAACUGCCUCAGGGAAGAACGGAAGAUCCUCACAACAGUCAACACAGCUGAACAGGAGCAUGAAGAAAAGUUACUGCAGAUCUCAAUGAUUUCUGAAAGACAAAGAAGUCUAGAACAUCGAAUGACUGCUAUAAAGACCAAUACACAGUUUAUUUUGUUCCCCCGCCCCCAUAAACAGUUUGUGGAACAAGACGUAAAAUACCUUGAGGACCUUCAGGAUGAGUUUGAUUUCAGAUAUAAGACACUACAAACACAAGAACACAGUGAUAGAAACAGCGUUCACAUGAAGGAAGAGGUUUUUCGGUUACAAGGCAUGCUCAAUCAGCUGGAUCAUAAGCGAAAGGAGGUACUCCAUAAGAUUACAGAGUUGUUAAACCAAAUGGAUUUCCUAAUGAACAGACAACUGUUUGAAGAGCUAACAGAUUGGAAACGACGUCAGCAAAUUGCCUGCAUAGGAGGUCCACACAAUACAUGCCUUGAUCAGCUGCAGAACUGGUUUACAUUGUUUGCAGAGAGCUUAUUUCAGGUCAGAAGACAGCUAAAAAAGCUGGAGGAGCUGCUGCAGAAAGUGACCUACGAUGGAGAUCCGAUGCCUCUGCAAAGACCUCAUUUGGAGGAAAGAGUGAACAUUUUGAUUUAUAGCUUCAUCAAAAGUUCUUUUGUGGUGGAGAGACAACCUUGUAUGCCAACUCAUCCACAGAGAGCAAUGGUCUUAAAAACAGGAGUACAAUUUACUGUCAAGAUAAGGUUUUUGGUGAAACUACCUGAAUUAAACUACCAGCUAAAAGUCAAAGCUACAAUUGACAAAGAGAGUUCAACAGCAAGAGGAUAUCGCAAAUUUAAUAUAUUAGGCACGAAUACCAAAGUAAUGAAUAUGGAAGAAUCAGUCAAUGGAAGUCUCUCAGUGGAAUUCAGACACUUGCAACUUAAAGAACAGAAGUCAUCAACAGGAACUAAAGGAAAUGAGGGUCCUCUCAUUGUCACAGAGGAGCUCCAUUCAAUAAAUUUUGAAACACAAUUUUGUCAUCAAGAUCUAGUUAUAGAUUUAGAGACCAGUUCUUUGCCCGUGGUGGUUAUCUCAAAUGUAAGCCAGCUGCCCAGUGGUUGGGCUUCCGUUAUAUGGUACAACAUGUUAAUGAAUGAUCCCAAGAAUUUGACUUUGUUCACCAACCCUCCCACUGCCACUUGGAGUCAGCUCUCAGAGGUGCUAAGCUGGCAGUUCUCCUCUUACGUGGGCCGAGGUCUGAAUCCCGACCAGCUCAAUAUGUUGGCAGAGAAACUGCUAGGACAGCAGGUGAAUUACAAUGAUUGCCACAUUUCAUGGAAUAAAUUCUGUAAGGAGAAUCUGCCAAACAGAUUCAGUUUUUGGUUGUGGUUGGAUGGAAUCCUGGAACUCAUCAAGAAACACCUUUUGACUUUGUGGAUUGAUGGAUAUAUUGUGGGAUUUGUGAGUAAGGAGAAGGAACGCGCAUUACUGAAGGAUAAACCGUCUGGCACUUUCCUACUGCGGUUCAGUGAAAGCAGCAGGGAUGGUGCUAUUACCUUCACCUGGGUGGAUCGAUCUGAAAAUGGGGAAAUGAAAUUUCAUUCCGUGGAACCUUAUUCCAAGAGCCAGUUGUUAGCAGUCCCUUUGCCUGAUAUUAUCCGAGACUACAAAGUAAUGGUGGCUGAAAAUAUUCCAGAGAACCCGCUGCAGUAUCUAUAUCCUGAUAUUCCAAAGGAUAAAGCAUUUGGGAAGCAUUACAAUAAUAAGCCAAAGGAAGUUUCUGAACCUACCGAGACAGAGAAGAAAGGCUACAUUUCCUCAAGGUUUAUCCCAUUCUCUGAAUUUCCAAAUGCUUCCACGGCUCCAGUUUCUUCAUCGGACUUACUUCCUAUGUCACCAGGAGUAUAUGCUGAACUGAAACAGCAGCUGAGUCCUGCAGAAAUCGAGACUGCUGUAUGUUUUGAAGCAAUGAUUUGAUCUGAAGCUGAUCUCCAGAAUUCCAUUCACAAUAUCCCAUAUGACUAACUCCAUAUAACAUGCACAUUUUUGAGGGAAGUCAAAGAAGAGUAUUGUGGAAAAUUAAACAAGCAAUUUAAUUGAAUAUAUAAUGAUGCAAAUUUCAGCAAUCCUGGUUGUAUGCACUCCAGAUUCAUACAGUGCAGUGAGCAUUUAUCAGAUCCAAGUUGCAGUUGCUAUUGUUGUCUGAGCCCAUCACAGAGGUCUAUAAAUGGCAACUUGAAUACAAGCCCAGAACUCCAAUCCAGCUAAGGCUACUUUUAACAUGGGAGAGCAACAGGUUGAUUGCAAUAUAAAAAUCUUUAUGAUGUAAUAAUCUUUACUGUUACAUUUAUUUAGUCAACACAUUUUUGGUAUAUAGCCAUCAGCUGUAAUGAUAGAAUUUCAUAAAAGCUUCUAGAAUUAUUUUUGGGUAGGAGAAAAUAGCUGUUUAUCUAAUUUUGUGUCCUCUUUUUAAUAUCAAGGGACCAUAGAAAUAAAACUGUGAAUGUUGUUCUAGGCUGCAUCUACCCCAUAAAUCAAGUACUAACUGAAUUCAUUCUUUCAAAGGAUAUUUGAAGUUUGUCUUAGUGCUGUAUUCAUACUUGACAUGUUUGAUUGAAACUUUCUUCUGCAUGUUAAAAUUUGCAAAUUGCAGUAGAUUUGGAUAGCGAUCUUAAAAUGAAUGAUACAACGGUGCUUUUUCCUGUCAUACUUCUAAUUAGUAUCUGCUGUGGUUAUUUUGUAUAAUUUUUAAAAGUUAUUGUUUUAUUGGCAAUGGUACUUUAACUUAUUGUGCUGUUGAAAUGGAACUUACUCAACAAAAUGCAUGAAUAUCCAAGAUCAUGAAAUGUGCUGGUCACGUUCACUUGUGGGACAAAGACUGUGAAAUAAUGCAUAUGAACUGGGCAAUAUGAACGAGGUUUACAUAUUGACAUUAUUAUUUCAUAAGAAAUAGCUACCCUAUUUGAUAUUAGUUUUCACUAAAUAUUAGCUGGUUAAAUCUACUUAAAGCUGUAGAUUUCACUUACUUGAUUAGUGCUUUGUAUGUAACUGUUUUGAUAAAGAAUUAAUGGAUGAGAUAAAUCAAUAUUCAGUGAAUUUAAAGGCACCACACAUUUUCAUGUUCUCUGUAAGUUAUGUUUUUAUAUUUUAACAAUAUUCUAUAAAUACCCAGUAAUAAAAUCUUAGUCAUUUUGCACUUUAAAGUUUUUAAAUGUCAUAUAAUGAUUACAGUGUUGAGAUCCAUUAUCUAAUAUUACACACUCUUGAAUGAAAGGCAUCAGCCGCACACCACAUCACACAACACCCCUUGAAUUUUUAACGUUCUCUGGUUUUUCAUUUCCAUUUUUACAGUGGUAUAAUUAUGAGCAAAAAUAUUCAUUAUUGAAUUAUAAACUUUGUAUCAAUUGUAAUACAAUUGUAUUACUUUUUGAAUAUUUCAUACCCUAUUUGUAAAUAAUUAAAGCCAUUCAAAAGAUUCUUCUAAAAUUUUGCCAAAAGGAUUUUGUACAUACUGUAGUAUAUAAUAACAGCCUAUACAGUUACUAUACAGGAAAACUUUAACCAAGUUGGGCUGCAACUUGUAUUCUUAUGCAUUCGUGGGAAUAAAAACUUGAUAUUUUUUUACAACUUUUAGAACUUUGUUUUAAACAAACAACCUGGUUGGAAUUUACUGAAGCUUGCUUUACAUUAAGUACUGUACAUCAGGUACAUUAGACAUCAGAUACUUAAUGUAAAGCAAUUAAAUUCUAACCAGGUUGUUUGUGACUGAUAAUUGAUAAUUAAGUGCAAAACCUUUCUUGACAUAUUUACCUCUAUUCACCUUUCAUCUCAGUCCCCUGUGCAAAAUACAAUGCGAGCUACUUUCAAUGGACACUCUUGGGAAAUAUAUUUUCUUUUGUCAACAGUAUUAUAUAUCACUGUUACACGGUAACAGACUCGUGCCCACCAGCACAAUACCCUAGUGUUAUAUAAUGACAGACCUGUGGCUAUCAGUACUGUACCCCAGUAUUAUACAGUAAAGACUAUCCCUUAGUGUUACACUGUGAAAUAUGCUCCAGUAUUACAUCAUGCUGAAUCAGGUUCCUAUGCAUUUUUGAUGCAGAUUUGCCAAUCAUUGUGGCUGCUGCCAUAUAAGGCUUGGCUACAGUACUGGAGGCUAUGGGUAUUUCAUGAUGAAAUGUUUAGGACAGGCUGUAUAACACUCAAGCUUGAAACUGGUAGACAAAUAAAACAUGUUUCUCAAUUUCUGCCUCUUGAAAGUGUUUUAGAUUAUACAACUUUUUUUCUCCACAAAAGAGUUGUGCACUACUAGUAAUCACAUCAUAAUGUCUUUUUUAUAGUUGUGUAUUUAUUUCCAUUGCUAAGAUUCUGUUCAAUAUCAGAAACAAGUCCUUGA